CGCUGGAGGCUCCGGGGCCGCAGCAGAAGAAGAGCAGCGCGGACCGCGGCUCUUCCUCUUCCCUCGGCGGCCUCACAGAGUUUCUGAAGAUGGUCCGCUACUCUCUCGACCCCGAGAACCCGACGAAGUCAUGCAAGUCUCGGGGCUCCAACCUGCGAGUUCACUUCAAGAACACCCGUGAGACGGCCCAGGCCAUCAAAGGGAUGCACAUCCGCAAGGCCAACAAGUACCUGCGGGACGUGAUCGUGCAGCACCAGUGCGUCCCCUUCAGGCGUUACAAUGGCGGCGUGGGACGCUGCGCCCAGGCCAAACAGUUCGGCUGGACGCAGGGUCGCUGGCCCAAGAAGAGCGCAGAGUUCCUGCUGCACAUGCUGAAGAACGCCGAGAGCAACGCCGAACUCAAGGGUCUGGACGUGGACUCUCUGGUCAUCGAGCACAUUCAGGUGAACAAGGCUCCGAAGAUGAGGAGGCGUACGUACCGCGCUCACGGACGCAUCAACCCGUACAUGAGCUCGCCGUGCCACAUUGAGAUGAUCCUGACGGAGAAGGAGCAGAUCGUCCCCAAGCCCGAGGAGGAGGUCGCUCAGAAGAAGAAGGUUUCACAGAAGAAGCUGAAGAAGCAGAAGCUCAUGGCCCGGGAGUAAACACCAAUAAACAGAAACGUUGUCACUCACA